AAAAAAAGCUCUGUUGAAAACCGAGACGUGAAGCGAAGCGGAGGAUAGAAACUCACCGGCACCAGCGUCUACAACAAAGCCUCCCAUAAAAGUGAAUGAGAGAGCAAAUAUCAACCUCCAGCCACUGACUGAACAAGAGUCUUUGUUAUCAGCCAGUGUGUCGCAGACAAGAAACGCAGAUGGACACCAGGAGCACUGAAGAGAAACCUGUCCAGCGAUCUAAGUCCUUCAGCUUUAAGACCCAGAAGGAAGUGUGUUCAUCAUGUGACAAGACGGUCUACCCAAUGGAGAGAUUGGUUGCCAACAACCUGGUCUUCCAUUCAACAUGCUUUUGCUGCAAGCACUGCAACGCCAAACUCAGCCUUGGCACCUUCGCAGCUCUUCAAGGUGAAUUUUACUGUAAACCCCACUUUCAGCAGCUGUUCAAAAGCAAAGGCAACUACGACGAGGGCUUCGGACGCAAACAGCACAAAGAGCUCUGGACCUCCAAGGAGUCGGAUAAUAUAACAAAGACAGCAUAAUCAUGUCUGCCUGUGUCCCGGCCCUGUCUCUUCCUUUUCCUCCUUCUAACACCUCCAGUACAUCACGAUGAACACAUGCCUCAUAUGCUGGGGCACUGUUACAUCACAUGCACGCUCACUUGCUUUUUAAAUGCCAUCAGAACAGAUACAUGCACAAACAGCUAGGAAAUGAUGGGCUAAUCAUAAUCCAUACCACUUAAAAAUAAAUUUUGGGGGUAUAUUUUGGGUUCAAUUUUAUUGAUAUGUGUAUUUUCUUAAUUUUAUUUUCCAAUUUCUUAUUUGGAAUUGGUAGUUGAUUGUGACCAAAAGCCUUCUCUGGUAUGGGAAGUGUUAUAAUAAUCACUUUCCUUUUUUUAUUCUUUUUAAUAAUUUGCACCCUUUUAUUUUUUGAAUAAGUAAACUGUAUGCUCAGGCAAACAUCAGAGGGGUUACAGAUCAUCCAUGUUUUGCAGUAGAGCAUACACUCAGGUCAAUUUCCACCCAUAGGAUUUUAAAAAAAUAUUGCAUAGUUUCACUCAUUUUAACAAAACAACACAAAUCAAAAUAAUAGUCCUCAGUAUUGUGACUUUGAUGUCAGCUUGUCAGGUUUCAUAUAUUUGAGGAACAAACAGGGUACAGAGUACUGUAAAAUAACCGUGCACAUCAGCAACAGCUCACCUCGUCUUUUCAUGCUUGUGUUUAGUUUUAUUAUUGUUCUAUUCAUCCCAUGGUUUGUUCUUAUUUUAUUGACCACUUUGAGUCUUAUCCUUGCAUGUUGAGAUGACUGGGUCUUAAUAGCCUUAUCUUAUGACUGUAUCGCUCUUUAGUGUUGUGAAUGAUUUUUUUAGUUCUCAUUGAUAGAAAACUGCUUUUAAAAGAUUUUAGAAGCCCAAUGUUUGGAUUUAUUGAUGUCAUGGCAUAAGUUGAUCCUGUCUGAGCUUUUAUGGUGGAAAUUUUAAUGGAAUUCUCAGAUUGUGUUUUGUAUACUAUCUGUACAUAGAGCUGUAGUGAUUUGUGAACAUUCCCCACCAUACUGUACUCUCGUACGUAAGCCUUGCAGGAAAUCACAGAAUUUUGUUCCUUUGUCAUUUCACGCUUGUCACUUGUUGGCAUUUUGUGAUGAUUUUUCCCCUGCUGUAUUUGAGUGUGUUCAUAUAACUGGACAGUUUUUAUGGGGACGUAGACAGGUCCAAUCCAAUCAUUAUGUCUUGAACAUCCAUCAUUAUUUGUUCCCCCCCCAGUCCCAUCCAGUAAGUGUGGACAGGUUUCCUUUUUAGAUAAAUGCCUUCUAUUCUCAUCUCCUGUCUUAUUAGCUAAAUACAUCUUAGCUACUGGACCUAUUUCUUAAUAUUGAACUUACAGUAGGUGUAUGAGGGAGGAUUUGUCACAGUAUUGGUCCCCUAAUGUGCUCCUGCAUGCUGCAUGCUAAACCCAGUGCAGAGCACCCCCUGCUGGGGAAAGUGUGACAGUAGCAUCUAGUGUGAGAGGAAGAAAAUAACUUUGCUGUGAAUUUAGUAGCCUUUAUUCAAAGUUUUGGAAUAUGUUGCCUCGGUCUGCAGUGCAGCUACUGCACUCCAGCCACUUUUUAUCUUCUUUAAUUCCAACACCUAAGAGAAAUUUACCCAGUUAAACAAGAUUUCCACAUCUAUAUUUCAUUCUAUACAAAGAAUGAGUCUAAAGCCAUUUAAAUCUCAUUUUAGAAUAUGUCUGAAUACCGAGACUUGACUGACACUUGAAUGACACAAAGUACUUUUUGUGACUGAAGGUUUACUGUGAAUUUGAGCACGCUGUGCAGAAUAGAAAGCUAUACUCAAACUGUGUUUUUUUUUUUUUCAAAAGAGAAGCCUUAGAAAUAAAUUGCUGACCUUAUGGCUUUUUCAAACAAGACCUUUUGAGUGCACAGAUCUUUACAAAGGAAUCUCCUGAUCGCCUUUUCAAAAACAGACCUGCUUAGUCUAGACCCACUCUUUAACAUAGGAUUACUUCACUCAACCAGCAGUCAUUUUUCCUAUCUAACCACUUUUUAUCCACAUAUAAUGUACAAUAAUUCUAAUUCUACUGUGUGUGACAAUGCAUAUUUUAUAUUUUCCUUUUUUCAUUUGAAAAUGGUCCUCUAGAUCCCUGAGAAUGCUUUAAAAUCAAGCGUAUUGUAUCUAGAAAUGCUGUCUUUGUCAUUCUCUGUUAGCAGUUCGCCAAGGUACAACUGCAGAAUCUGUGAAUUGCAACUUCUAAGUGUAACAGAGCAGACAAGGUACAUUUUACACUGGUGCCAAGAGGCUCAGGUGAAUGAUUGCAGUGUAACGUUUUAAAUGUUAAACCUGUGAGUCAUUUCAUUUUUGUGCUAAACUUGAUGUGGACUUACUUUUCAAUGCUGUUGUCAUCGAGAUAUUUUAAAUGUAUGCAUCUUUGAAAAUGUAUUCUGUAUUACAGACUUGACCUGUGGAUUGAGGUGGCCUUACAGCAAAAGGACGCUUGGACUGUGUAUGCAGUCUUUCUCCUCUAUUCUCCCUUCUCUCUAUUACUUAGUUGUGGUAUGGAAGUGUAACAUUUUAAAAUGUAAGCGCCCCCUUUCUACGCCACUAUACACAAUCAUUUUGUGCAUUUUCUUUCUUUAGAUUUUUUUUUUUUUUUUACAUGCUUUUGGAGAAAAAAUUAAAUGCUGGUGUUGAUUUCA